AUGGGGCUCGUCGCCAUCAUCAAAAAGGCCGCCUCGGGUCUCUACACCCUCCUCGCCGUUACCUUCCUCAGCUGCUGGAUUCUGGUCGCGCUGGGGCUGACAGCCCUGUCGGCCGCGAACGGGGACGGCGCCGGCAUCGCGUCCUUCGUCGCGGCUCCCACGCUGCUGGUGUAUCUGGCCUCCAAGUUGGUGGUUGCCGUCUCGGCCGACGCCCAAAAGGCCAGCCUCGCGCGCUGGAUCGCCUCGGCCGACAACGGCUCCCCGCACGGCGCCCUCGCGCUGUUCCUCCUCGGCGUCGUCUGGCUCAAGGCCCUGGCGCCCUGGCUGUUUCUGCUGCAGGUCCUCGCCAUCUUUGGCGCCGCUUUCCUGCUCGCCGCUUACCUGUCCGCCAACGCCGAGCAGCAACAGCAGCAGCAGGCCCAGACGCAACCCGCCUGGGUCUCGGACGCGGUCGCCUGCGCCGACACGCCUGUGAUACCCAUGGUCGGCGCCCGCGGCGUCGCGCCCUGCUCCGCCAUGGCCCUGUACUCGUCGCUGGCGGCCUGGUCGCCGGCGUCGACGCCGCCACCGUCGCCGGGCAAGCUGGCCGAGGUGUUUGAGCAGAUCAGGGCCGAGACGGGCUACGACCCGGCCGCGUGGAUCGAGCGGUUCCCGCCUCGGCUUGUCCUCCCGCUGCUCCUGGCCGCCCUCGCCGCCGUGGCGACCCUGACACUGUACGCGGCGCUCAAGACGCUCGGCGGCCUGCGCCGCGUGCUGUCUGCGAGCGCGGCCGAGUGGGCCACCCGCGGGGGCGGCGAGGUGAAGGGGACAGCACCUGUUCGUGCGCUUCGUUUGGAGCCGGCCCUCGGUGGUGCGAAGGGGAACGGGGACGGUGCGGCAGACGCUGUGCGGAGUGCCUGGUCCGGAGAGACUUCGAAGGGCGUAUUUACGGGCGACUGGUAG